AUGCCUUCACGACGCUCUCAUGCACGACGGGGGCGGGCUCGGAACACAGAAUCUCAAGACAGGGCUGCCCGCGAGAGAUCCCAUGCUGCUCGUCUGCCACUUCCGUCCGCCACACCAAGACCCAGGACCCGUGCCGUGCCCGGAGAGCGCUUUCAAAGCAUCCGUCGCACCCGAAUGCAGCGAGAGCAGAUCAGCGACAUGGCCGCCCUCGACGAGGCUACCGAGCGCCUUGCCGAAGUCAAUUCCGAUCUGGUCGACCUCCUCACGCCGCCGCUAUUGUCUCUCGGUCGCCUUGGGAGUGGCAGCCGAAGGUCUCCGCCGGGCGAGCUCGAUGGACUUCUACGUCGCCCAAAGAGGAGGAAGUUGGAUCACGAGAGUGAUGGCCUGUCAUUCGAGAAUCCCAAGUACGGCCAUUUCGGCCAGGUUGUGCCUGGGCGUUUACGGAUGGAGAUAGUGAGCUGCGAUGGUGGGCAAUAUACCGAAGAAUCGUCAUCAGCGCUGUACCGGCCCGAGAAUGUGUUGAAAAAUGAUAGGAGUGUUUACUGCACUAAGAGCUCUCGAUGCAACCUGCUGCUCAAGCAUCAAGGCGAGACGACCUUCUGCUUGGAGAAGGUGGUCAUUAAGGCUCCGGAACGUGGUUUCACGGCCCCCGUCCAAGAGGGUAUGAUCUUUGUCUCCAUGUCUUCCAAUGACCUCCUCAGCGGCACUGCUGGCUACCAGAUCGAUUACAACAACCAGUCCGGCCACCAUUCAUCCAACUCUUCUACAAGCUCCCAAGACGAAGAAGAGAUAUCCCUCGCGGAGAGUCUCACAGACCCUGCGGUAUGGGCGGCUUCUCGUCUCGGUCGUGCCGAAGCUCUCGACCACGAACGCGAAUAUAUAGAGGCGCAGAACCAGCGAAUUCGAUGGCAGCGCUCCCGUCGUCGGCUCCAUGACGAACUCAUGCAGGAAGGUCCCCGACCACCUUCCCGCCACGACUCUCCAUCAAACGCUACCAUCAACAUGGCCGACAACUGCGACUGGCCGGUGGCCGACUCCACCCACAGCUCUGCGGGCGUCUCCGCUCCCACCCCACCCCCUUUCACCGUGACGACCGAAAGCGACGGCGACACUAGUGAAGACGAGCAGCCCAGUGCCGCCGUACUGAGAGACCGCUUACAUCGCGACAGCCAGUGGCGCGUGGACACUGACGACGAAGACGACGUCGCCCGUGCAGCUCUCUGGGAACCCCGCGACGGCCGCUUCGGUAGCUCUGGGUAUCCACGACGCAGCACACCCAGCCGUAUCGAGCCCAAGGAUGCCUCGCCCGAAGCCGACGGGCUGAUCCCGCCGCAUGCGAGAUUCUUCAUUGCGAAGCACAAGAACAAAAUCACGGUCAAGUUUGACCCGCCAGUCUCCGGAAAGUUCGUGCUGCUGAAGCUCUGGAGCCCGCAGCACAACGGCAACAUCGACAUCGAGAGCGUGCUAUUCCACGGCUACUCGGGCCCACGGUACUUCCCAUCGUGCCAGAUGCGGUAG